AUUAAUUAUUGAUUUAAGCAAAAAAUGAAUUGAGAUAUGAGAGCUUGGAGAUUUGGAGAAAAUUUGACACAAAGCUGGGACAGGAAUUCUCCUGUUACAGGGGUUACUGAAGUUUUUGAUCAUUUACAAAUCAAUAACAAUAAUCGGAAUGAACUAAGUGAAGAGAACAAUGAAAUAGUCGAUCUUGACAAAGAAGAUAGUAGCGAUAGCUCAGCACACUCUCAUCCUAAUGGUGAAAACCAAGCUCAGACUAAUGAUGAUACUUCAGAUAGAGAGGAGAGUAAACAGAGUGAUGUUUUCGCAAUAACAAACCAUAAAACAGACCUAUAUGAAACAUCAAUGAAAAUGAUGAUAUUUGGGGAAAUCCUAAAAUAAACGGAUUAAAUGAGUAAGCCUGAACAUAAAAAUACCUUCUAUGUCAUAUUUUAGUUAUCCGGAAAUAGAAGAAUCAGAUGAAGAAGAUAAAUACAAGGGAGAAAUAAGAUGGGAUAAACUGCCAACUAACACUGGUUGGGAAGAAUAUAAUGACAAACCAUUUCAGGCUACCCAGAUAACAUUAAAUGAUGAUUUGCACUCAUACCAUCCAGGUAUCAAUACUGGUUGGCAAAAAGACUCAGAAUCCUCUAACAGAUCUGAUGAAGAUGAAUGGAGUUGGGAUAACAAUCAAGAUGAUGCUCUUCCUUGGAGCAAACAGUCAGAAGUUAAGGCAGUAAAAAUAAGAACUUACAAGCCGCUAAAGUAUGCUAAAAAGGAAUUCUAUGAAGAUGAUAGUGAUGAGGAGAAAAUAAUUACAUAGAUCGACACUCUAAGCAAUGCCUC